AAGAUUUUAACGAGGGCCCGUCAACCUCUUAAUACAAACUUGAGGUUGGAUUUCUUCAAUAACGGGUUAAAGGGUUAAAUUUCACAUAAAGCUCCAGCCAACCGCCUCCUCGAGCGCUCAUCGGUGAUUACCGGAGCGCGAGGGGAGGCGCAUAUAUUCCGCAGAUCAGACGAGCUCGAGACGGCAUUCAGUGCGCGAGCCCCAGAGAACAAGACCCAAUCUGAGCUCUUUAUUCAUGGAUACUAACCUGGGAUUGUACUUUCACUGCAUGACGACCUGCUUCUUAAAGAUCCAGUGUUGAGCUCUUAUAUGAGGUGCAUGGACUCGCUAAUAAACUUUUGUGAAGAAUUUCUCUUAGAGUUUUAUUCUAUAAAUUGACCUAGGCAAUGCAAAAGGGUUUCUGUCUUUGGAUUGUUCAGGCUUGGACAGCCAUGACGACCUUUUGCAAGCUAAAUCACUUUUGAGAUUCCUCACAGGACGUAUUUGGACCAGCACCUGGAGUACCAGGACAGUUUGGAUACUCCUCUAUAGACUUGAGCUGGUGCUUCGGGUCAUUUAAAGGGAGAUCUCUUCAAGGUAUGGUUCUGGACUCUUUGCGCUCAGGAGCGGUUCUAAGGCUCCUACAGUCUUCAUCUUUCUUAUCGGGUGGAAAAUUGACAUUGGAAGGAGAUGAGAACCUUAUUCUGCUGCUUUCUGCUCCUCACCUCGCACCUUCUGCUGGCAACUGCUGAGAAGGAGUUUGCAAUCCCUCAAGAUUUCAUCGACAGACUGUCCCACAGCGAAAUCAACAGCAUCAGCGACCUCCAGCGGCUACUGGAGGUAAAUUCCCCAGGUCCUGGAAAUGAGGUGAUCGAGGAGGUCAAACAGAAGCACCACCAGAAGAACCAUCACUCAUAUAAGGCCGGUUCCUCAGAUCUCAAGAGUCUGCAGCUGUCCCACAGACGGAAGAGGAGUGUCGAGGAGGCGGUACCCGCCAUGUGCAAGACACGGACAGUGAUCCACGAGAUCCCCCGCAGUCAAGUGGAUCCCACCGCUGCAAACUUCCUAAUAUGGCCUCCGUGCGUGGAGGUGAAACGCUGUACAGGCUGCUGCAACACAGGCAACAUGCGCUGUCACCCCUCCAAAAAACAUCACCGUACUGUCAAGGUGGCGAAGGUAGAGUUUUCAUCGCGUAAGAAAGCGAAAUUGAAGGAGGUGCUUGUCCGGUUAGAGGAUCACCUGGAAUGCGUGUGCACGUCACAGCAUCAUGUGAUGGAGCACGUGGAAGCAGACGCAGGCCCACUCACAGUUAAAAACGGUAAAAAACGGAAACACAGAAAGCAUGCAGUGGCAGCACAGAUCAACAAGGAUAUUCAAUAAAAGUCAAACAUUUCCUUACACUUCGCGGACCAAAAUAUCCUGCAGUGGACAUGAGGUGAAACCACAUCAUACGAGCGAUUGAAAGACAACAGUGGCUACGUAAAGCUUCGGGGGACUUCGACCUCUGAAUUCUGACCCUACUGACCCCAUUGCUGUUCAAAAAAAGAUACUGUUUCCAGAGGAACAUUGUACACAAACACAACACCAAAGGUGCUUUCUAUGUACUCUGUCAAACACUGAAGACAAACAAGAUUGGUAUUCAGUUAAUUAUUAAGUGGUCAAACACUGGGCAGAACUAAAACUGAAAAGGAACGAUGUUUGUGUCGUCUCUCUGUUGUUUAUGUACACAACUCUCGUAAAGGUCAAAGAUGAGGAGAAAGUCUUUUGGAGAACACUAAGCAGAGACCAUGAACCUCACAUGCUUGGGUUUGGAUGCACUCAAGCAGGAGUCCUCGAAGGAUGAACUAACUCAGUGGACUC